AUGAUGAAUUUUAAUAAAAUUAUAUUGUAUCAGAUAUCUAAAGAGAAAUGUUUUCAGAAAAUCCCAGAUUUAUUAAAAGUUCAGUCAGUAAUACGUGGUGCCUGUGUUGUUUAUUUUAUAGAUUUAUUAAAAGUACAAUCAGUAAUACGUGGUGCCUGUGUUGUUUAUUUUAUAGAUUUAUUAAAAGUUCAGUCAGUAAUACGUGGUGCCUGUGUUGUUUAUUUUGUAGAUUUAUUAAAAGUACAAUUAAGUAAACGUACAGUCAGUAAUACGUGGUGCCUGUGGUGUUUAUUUUAUAGAUUUAGUAAACGUACACAUGAAGUGGCACUGAUAUUUGACGCUGUAUUUUUACUGGCGCAUGCGCUAGAAGCUUAUGAUCGUGGCGCCGUCUUACGACCUGUAAAUGUUAGCUGUGAUAUCCCCCAACCCUGGUCCUCGGGACCCAGUCUUUAUACAUAUUUAACUCAGGUAUCAAUGCGAGGUAUGACCGGUAAUAUCAAACUACAGAAAGGUAGAAGAUAUGAUUUUCAGUUAGAUAUAUUACAAUUAAAACCUCCAGGUUUACUCAAGUCAGGAACGUGGAAGUACGACAAGGGAGUUAAUUUUACAUACGUGCCUGGAACUAAGCAUAUGAAUCCAUUUGGAAAUAAAACUUUAGUUGUUACAACGAUAUUGGAUAUCAAAUCAUUUAAAGCACCUUUUUAUUACAGAAUACUGAAGUUAUUGUUGGGAAUCCUUCAUCGUGUCCAAACCACACCCCCAUUCGGCAUACCUCCUCGAGGAUUAAGACGGUGUCAAAACCCGUAUAUGGAAUCUUUGUGA